GGCGGUGUCGUCGCAGAGCAGGCAGCAAGCUUCUUUUACGACGCGGUCCAUGGUCAGGGAGACAAGCGAUGUCUCGCUCUCGCCAUCCUGCUCGACAUUCUCGACACGACUCUAGAGACCGGUCAGUUCGUCAAUCACGUGGUUCUCGUCAUUUUCGAGAUCGUGGUAGAGGCAACCAAGUGGUCUAGGCAACAACAACUCGCUAACCGUCCAGUGGAAGACAUUCGAGCUUAUGAGGUUUGCAGUGGAGGUUCAUCAAAUUGGUCGUUGCGACUGAUCUCCAACGGACGCUAUGUGUCAUUUGAAGCUUUCCGAUCCAAAGUAGAUGCUAUUUUGUGGACAUAUGUUUCCAGAGAGAUUUACAAACAUCCUCAUUUGGACCUCCACCAAAUCAUGGGUAUCAAAGACGAUGGAGUACAACAAGAUUGGGAUGCGAAGUUGGAUACCAUCAAUAAGUUUGGCGAUGAAAUUGUCAAAUUUGUGGAAUCAAAAGCUCCAAAAGACCCCAACCAACAGAUGCUUGAGCAGAUGGAAAAGUUGAAGGAAGAAAAUGCCCUUCUCAAACAAAAGAUGUCGCAGAGUACUUCAGGCAAUCCACCCCCAGCACCAUCAGCACCAGCCCGUCCCAACGCCAAUGCCAUGGGACCCAUGGAUGCAUUUGUGAGACCUGGUAAUGUAGACGCAUCCAAAGCACCCCUGGACCAAUAUCGUCGGAAACCACCUCAACCAGCUCUUCUCAGUUCCAACAGUCCCAAAGACGGCAUCCCCGCCAAAAUUCGCGACUGGAUUCAGGGCAAUUUGACCAACAGUGAUCAAGAAAAUCUACAGGCUUUGACACAGACUAUCCAAGAGGAACUCACAGCAGCAGGACCAGAUGAACAACCGGCGAUUGACAAGAUCCUAGUAGACUGGGGCCUCAGUACAGUUAAGGUCAACAAGAUGAAACAUGAACAACAGAUCAAGCUUUUGGCGGCGGUGCAAUUCCUCAAACACUGA